GUUUAACUCCAGUUGUUUAUCGCGCACGAUGAAUGAAUCAGAUAUCUAAUGCAUGAUAUAAUAAGAGCGCGUACUUUAGUGGGGCAUCUCAAGUGAACAUUCGUUUAAAUCGCAACAACUGAGUGUAAAAUUAAAAAUGAUGACUGUGCUGGAAAUAAAUAUUUGAAGAGUUCCCAACAUGUCGCGCUAUGCGGCCCAGAUGUUCGAGUGGGACGAACGUCAAGGCCUGAACAUGAAGGAGUAUUUCCGCCUUUACAAGGACAGGUUCCCCAUGCUAGGGGUCAUACUUGAGGGAUGGUACGGCGACACGCGCUUUGAUUGCUAUGACAACUUGCAGGUGGUUCGGAUCCAUUGCUACUCUUCACAGCCACGGGUGGUUAUCCGCGACUCAAACUCUUCGGACUUCCGGUUCCUCACACUUCCUGUAGACAGUCAGGUCAAGUUCCAGUUGGUCAUGGGCCCGAACAAGUUUGGAAAUAUCAAGACCAUGGACUUCCUCCUCGAUAACCACGAGUUGCCGUUCCUGGUGAAGCUGGCGUGUCACGAAGACCAUCAAUUCAAGAUCGGAACUACCCGAUGUAGCGCGAGCUCGUUCGGAAACCUUCUCAUUACGGAGAAGUACCUUGAACACUAUUACAUAGUAAACUGCAUUGAUGGAGCAGAUCCAAAGAUGAACACCAUAGUGAACCUCAUUUACCUGACAGAGAACCUGUCAAUGGCCCCUGUCACAGGCCUAAAGAACCGCCCUAAGGCGGACUUUGACGCGUACAUGGGAAAACUGGACAAAGAGGCGGCCGGAAUCGUGUAUGACAGAAAGAUGGGAAACCCAGAUUUCGCUGAGUACGAUACUCGCAAGAUUGAUCCUAUGACGGGCGACGGAGGCAUACCUACUAUCGACCCUCCGGCCAUUCCCGGUCAGAUUUUGGAAGAGGAUGGUGACUAUAUUGAGAUUCCACCUGAGCUGCCUACCAGAUCAAAACCCCAUUUGGAACCACAAUCAUUGGCAACACAAGAUCCGGCACAUAAAGAUCCGGCCCAUAAAGCUCCGACACAGAUAGAUCCGACACAUAAAGAUCCGACACAUAAAGAUCCGAAACAUAAAGAUCCGAAACAUAAAGAUCCGAAACAUAAAGAUAUCAAACAUAAAGAACCAAAACAUAAAGAAAAACCGGCAAAGGCGGAGAAGAAACCCGCGCCUGUGUGCGCUAAGAAACCAAAGCCUCCUCCGGCAGUACAGUCACCUCUUGCCGUUGCGGUGAAUGUAAGCUGGGAAAAGAACCCGGAUCUUCCAGCUCGCAGGCCUCAACCGCCCCCGAGCAACGCGCCCCUGUGCAAACAAGGGGCGGUACCGUAUGUCAACACGUCCGUUGGCCGCGCAACAGUUCGUCCCUUCCCGAAAAAUAGUAUGGCGCCGGCAGUACAUGACGUCACUGAUGACGCUGGUUGUUACGAAUUAGUGGGAACGGCAGAUGCAGUGUACUCAGAGGCUUAUGGUGACGUCAUAAGACCUGUCUCGAAGGGAAGUGAAAACAAAAGUCAUAUUUCGGAUGGGAAUUAUGUGAAACUCGGUAUGUCAGCGGUGACGCCUUCUUCUUACCUGAUGACACAGAUAUUGAAUACAGAUCAAGACACUACGUCAACCAACAUGGAAAAAAUUAAAACUUUGACAAUGAAUGAAAUAGGCGACAUUUUAAGGCUUUUGAAACUCGACGAAUACGUAGAUACAUUUCAAGAUAACCAAGUAGACGGUGCCAUUUUGACGAGUCUCAAACGUGAUGAUUUGGUGAACGAGUUGGGGAUGACGAAACUGCAGGCGACGAGACUGUUUAUGUACAUGUCUGAGGGCCACAUCCCCAAGUGAUUUCAUUACAGCAUAUGCGUUUCGAGUGUGAUUCACAUUACGCGAAAGUAUAUGCAACUUACUCAAUACCAAGUUUAUAAUUAAAAUAUUUUGGCCUACAGCCAAUAUCAAAAUGAAAGUGAAGAUUAUGUACACAGAACGUAGAAAACAUUAUUUUUUAUUGCAUUAUUUUGCUACGAAAUUGUCAUAUGCAUAUUUUUAAAUGGCGUAUAAUAUACAAGUACGAGUAAACCUCGUGUUCAUAAUUUUAGUCUUUCAUGAAACCUCCUGUCCAUUAUAAGAAAAUCAAAGUUUAUUACAGUUGAAUGCAUCGGAGGUUUUAUCGUGCAUCCUCGGUACGACAACGUACUAAGAUUGCGCUGAUACAUGAUUUGAGUUGUUAGCAAACUUAAAUUGGACUGAUGCAGGCGGCUUCGUUAUUGUCUCAUGCAAUGUUUAUGAUAUGUUGUACUAUGUUGGAAUAUGUCGUCCGUGCUAUUUGAUUUACCACUUAUCUUAAGCAUUUGAAAAUGUUUGCGUCUUAAACAUUAUAAUAAACCAGUUUUAUUGUAUGUGCAUGUACACGUUUAUCGUUAAAAUAGUGUGUACAUUUUGUGCGGAUUGUGACAAAUUAUUGUUAUCAUACGUGUUCCAGAUUGUUACGCAAAACAUCUACUUCAUAACUAUAUUGUUAUCACGCAAUGCAUCUAAUAGCUUUUCGUUAUUGCUUCACAAUUCGCUUUUUAUGUUUUAAAUUAAAUAGAGAAUAAUAGGUUUGUGUUGAUUAUAGAUCAGGUUUAUCAUGCGAGGCUUAUGCAAUUGAGUAAUUAAAUAGUAAUUAAAUUGAAUGCGUUUUAAUUCCCUUUUAUUAUUGUUUAAUUUGAGUUACAAUGCUAUGACGUUAAAUUUUAUUUACACUUUACUGUGUUAUGAAUAUUGCUGGGCCAAGUGUGAGGUAGAGCGCUCUAUAACCAGGUUUAAACCCCCAAUGCUUUGCAUUGACCGUUCCAAGGCGGUGACCCCAGCUUUAUUCAUAUUUUGUGUUUUUGUUGGUUUGUAUUGUGCUGUAUUGUGCUGUUUUGUACUGUUUGGGCAAUCGGUCACUUGCCUUAAAUAAAGGACCAACUAAUUGUUUUUAAUGAAACUUCAAUACUGCUCCAGCAGCUGGAGUUUCACUUCUUUAUAUUAGAAAACAAAAAGCACGAGCCUUGGCGAGUGCUUUUUCGUUUUCUUGCCGAGCAUGAUAAACCUGAUAUAUAAUCACCAAUAACCUAUUAUUCUAUUUAUCCCACUGUUUUAUUCAGUAAACCUUUUCAUUUUAACAAAAUUAGUUUUCAUGAGUGUUUGUCGUACUUUGAUAAUGACUGUAGUGUAACCAAGGUCAGUGUAUUUCUCCGCGUUCCAAAAAUAACCGCUGAUCAAAUUGUCAUUUUUAAAAAUCAGAAUAUCGUUCUGUGACAAAGAGUCGUACGUUAUUAAUAACAAUUUCAUUCAUGUUCAAGUUCAAAUCUAAAAGUUUUAUAACAUCAUUAUUACAUUUAGUUGUUAUAUACAAGGAACUACAUUUGUAUACAACGUAGCCUAACACCACACACACUUUCGAAAUUCAAACUAUCAACUAGAACACGAGGUGCAAAAUAUUUGCUUCUUUGAUAUAAUAUGUGGUUAUUUCGUGACGAAAUAACAAUAACAACUUGGAUUUAAUCUAAUUAUACACAUUACAAUUUUGAAUGUGGAAAGUAGCACCAAAGAAUUGUGAGGCAAAGUUGUUCGAGCGAGAGAAAGACUUGUGCUGGUGAAGUGACUGGGUGGGGCGAACAUCAAGAUCAACUUAUUCAACGGUAGACAGUGGUUGUGUAGACUGCGUUUUUGCCAUAGUUUCAGUGCAUGAAGGUGAACAAGAGGAAGCUGUUGGGUUGUUACAUUUACUGGACUGAGCAAGAAUGUUGAAACACUUUUUCUGCUGUUCAACAGAUAUGGUGGAAUAAUUGGUUAUGGGCUGGACAUUUUUGUGCCCUGUUAUGGCCAUGAUUUCUGUGGGUGGAAUGUUUGCAAGUUUUUGGACCAGGAAUUUGCGAACUGAGAGGUUUGUUAUUCUCUUGUGCUCGGGAAAGCCGGCGUCUUUUGCCAUGGCCUCCAGCAUCUGACCUAGCUUGUUGACACACAAUUGUUGACGCAAGAACCACUGGGAUUCAGUGUCAAUUGGGCAUGUUGCCAGGUAGAAAGGGUGCUGAUCUGAAGAAAAAUCAGAUGGACGCAUAUUCGAUUACAGCUUGUAAAUUAAUACGGGAUUUCUUGGUCCAUAAGUGCCGAACAUUUUGGGAGACACUUUUCUUAUGUCAGCGAUGUUCUCUCCUGUGCGCGUUUUCGUUUGGCGCUCGUUCAACUCGAGAUACUCCACACCAUUCGAGUCUACACGGAGGCGGACGUCUCCCCGCCAAACAAGAUACAAUAAUCUUUAUUUAAUGUCAGAUAUGAACAACAAUAAAAGACAGCAUUUAAGUUGAAGCGGAUGUACUUUGUGAAAUGGGGUGAAAAAUAAUGAGAAAAAAUUAUACAUAUUUUGUGUGUUAAAAAUGUUUCUUACCGAAAAUUGUAUUGCUCCGUAGUUCCACGCAAGCAAAAAUGAAGGCAGUUGUUCAACCAGAUUGUAUUUAACAAGUCCUUCGGAGACUCGGUGCCAAGGAUCCCCUUCUCCCAGAGCAGAUCGAUGUCGGUAUCACUCAGCGGAUGGGCCUCUCCAGGACGGUUUCCCUUACCCUAAAUUGGUGUCCCUUGUGAGUGCAAAUUGGGCUCCAGUCCCUGUUAUGACUGAACAUCCAUAGCGAUGUCGUUUCAGGUACCUGUCAACACUAGCAAUGAUGCCACGGAGGAGAGCUUGGUUCAAAAUAUGUGCCAUUUGACUUUUUAAGGAACAACAGGAAAGUGGCCAAAUACUCAUCAAGAAGAGUUGGUUCUAUGUGGUGGAUUUCUUUUGCUUCAGCUUUUUACAUUGGAAACCUUUUUAAAUUUGUUUAUUUCAGACAAUGACUUCGCUAUAGUCUUUUUAUUUUCAUUUUGGUCAAUGAAAUCACCAACAUCAGUGAGGUUAACAUCUAAGAACUCUUUAUUGUCAUGCAUGUCUGAAAUAGGAUUUAGAGUUGGGAGGAUGGCAUUGCUAUGUGGAUGGUGCAUCAGAACCAAAGUUAUUACUGGGGCUGGUGUCAUUCUCAUUUGUCAAUUCAAUUUCAUUUGUAAAGAAAAUAGAUGGAUCAAACCCA